AUGGGCGCGACGUCCUACGAGAAGGUCCGCGGGGGUAAGUUCAGCUUCAAGGGCGGAGGCGAUCUCUCGGUCAAGUCGGAGAAGAAGCGGAAGAAGGAGAAGAAGAAGGCCAAGGCGUUGGCUGCCGCGAUGGAGGCGGCGAGGAAGGAGGGCGUCGUCGUGGGGCAAGGGAUCGGCGGGGACCCGGGCGGCGACGCCAAGGGGACGUAUGAGGAGCUGUUUCCGUACGAGGUGAAGCGGCAGCAGGAGGGCAAGGGCAGGACCCAGUGCUGGGGCACCAACUACAGAGCCGCGCCCGAGAUCCUACACGGGUACACGGAGAGCUGGAAGAACAAGAAGUCGCACGAGAUGUCGGUGGAGGAGCGCCUGGACCUGCGGUGCGGCGGCAAGGCGGACAAGUUCUGCAAGUGA